GACAUGCUGAUGCUGGAGAAUCAGCUGCCGAUGCUAGUGCUGGAUCGGCUGGUCGCCGUGGAGUGUGAUGGCAAGGAGGAUGACGAAUACAUCAACAGGCUCAUCCUCAAUUACUGCUCCCCUGGCAAGAACACGGUGAGGAUAGGCAAAUGCCUGCACGUCCUGGACGUUGUCAGGAAGAGCCUACUACUCCAUGAGAAGCCCAAGCUGGACAAGGUGGGGUGUGAGGGCCUUCUGUUAGUCCGGUCAGCCACUGAGCUCAAUAAGCAUGGGAUCCGGCUCAAGAAGAGCAAGACCCACAGCCUCAUGGCCAUCUCCUUUGCUGGCGGGGUUCUGAGUCUCCCUGAAAUCGUGGUGGAAGAAGCAACCGAGUCCAUGUUCCUCAACCUCAUCUCAUUUGAGCGCUUCCAUGUCGGGACCGGGAACGAGGUCACAUCCUACAUCUACUUCAUGGACUACAUCAUCGCCAAUGAGUGCGAUGUCACGCUUCUCCACACCUUGGGCAUAGUCCUGAAUGUCCUGGGGAGCGACAAGGAGACCACCGGGCUGUUUCGCUUGCUGGCCAAGUACACAACUAUUGAACCCAACAGCGGUCUCAUUUCUGUGUGCAAUAAGGUCAAUGAGUACUGCAACAAGCCCUGGAACAAGUGGAGGGCUAAUCUCCUUCAGACCUACUUCAGGAGUCCUUGGGCUUUAUUGUCUCUCGUUGCGGCUAUCUUCCUCUUUGCACUCACUAUAAUUCAGACCGUAUAUGCCAUGCUCAGCGAUUGA